AGGUGCCUACUGUAAUCCGAUACAAGCUCGCGCGCAUGGCGUGCACGCACGCCGAGACAGGGGACUGAGUGAGCAGUCUUGCUCGCUGCCACAAACCCGGCGGAGAUCAGAGGGGAAGGAGCGCACUGCCGGAGCUGCCCGGAACGAGAGAGAGAGAGAGAGAGAGAGAGAGCAGUCGGCAUAGAAGAGCGUGUUUCAGCGAAGAAACACACAGUUUGUAGGAGGAGAGCGGAGAGGCUGCACGUUCAUUUUCUCCCGAUCAGUUUUACGCACGCACGCCGGAGCUGCCUCCUCUCAGAGAUCUCGUGUUAUCUUUUGCGCAAGAACGGACUGCUAUCGAAACAGUUUAUUAGGAGGAUAAUCGAUGGGACAAUAUUGUUUUACUUUCCUAAUCCCAUGUGAUUUUACCAAGUAAACGCUCAACCGGGAGAGAGGACCAGAGCAAAAGAUUUUCGGAUAUUUUAUGGAGACGAAGAGUUUUUUUUUGUCAAAACUUGAAAGUCUUCGGCAAAUGCUUCUGUUGGUUUGUGAUGGUUUCAACCAGUGAUUUCUACUUUGUUUGAAAUUCAUGAUCGUGUCUGUCAGCGAGGUUUUUAUUCCCACCCGCGCUGUGACUGCCAGGGGGGACACUGUGCCGCCGACUGCGCGCAGGGCGAUGGAUUUUGAGGCGUUGAAGAUGUGUUUAGAGUAGAUAUUGCGCUGGUAUCAGCUCAAUUUGCGCAAAUAAGUUUUUUUUUUUUUUUAAGAAGAAGAAGAAGCACACUUCUCCUAGAACAAGUAGUCUUUAACCAGGGCGAUAUUCUUGGAGAGCCCGGUGGACGCAAUCUGGCAUUUGUGGAGGAUUUUAGCCACUAACACUGUUGCGCUUCAAAUACAGAAAUAACUGUGAAAAGGAACAGAGGACUCUGGACUGCAGCGUUGACUCCGGUGUACAGACUAAAACCACAGAGGAAGAGAAGAGGUGUUUUUUAUCCACAUCCGAGGGGAAAGAUGGAUUUAUUCAUAAGGCUUUGUGGAUGUUUACUGGCUGUUCUCGUGCCUUCAGCGGUCAGAGCCGAGGAAGGAGUGCCUGAGCCAUGCGGUGGCUAUUUAGAUGCCAGCGAUGCCGGCUACAUCACCACCCCCGGCUACCCGCUGGAGUACCCACCUCACCAGAACUGUCGCUGGGUCAUCACAGCACCUGAGUCCUCCCAACGCAUCGUCCUCAACUUCAACCCACACUUUGAGAUCGAGAAACUGGACUGCAGGUACGACUAUGUAGAGAUCCAUGAUGGGAACUCGGAGACGGCCGACCUACUGGGGAAGCACUGCAGCAACAUCGCCCCUGCACCAAUCAUAUCGUCCGGGCCCUCUCUCCACAUAAAGUUUGUCUCGGACUACGCCCACCAGGGGGCGGGCUUUUCACUGCGCUACGAAAUCUUCAAAACCGGCUCAGACUGUUCCCGUAACUUCACCAGUCCCACGGGUCUCAUCGAGUCCCCGGGCUUCCCCGACAAAUACCCCCACAACCUGGAGUGCUCCUUCAUCAUCAUCGUGCCCUCCAGCAUGGAUGUGACCCUCACCUUCCUCACCUUUGACCUGGAGAACGACCCCCUGCCGGGCGGAGAGGGGGACUGCAAGUACGACUGGCUGGAAGUGUGGGACGGGCUCCCGGGAGUCGGCCCUCUGAUUGGUCGAUACUGCGGGACCAGGGUGCCCCCUGAGAUCCAAUCAUCUACUGGGAUUCUCUCUCUGUCCUUCCACACUGACAUGGCUGUGGCUAAAGAUGGCUUCUCAGCUCGAUACAACAUGACGCACAAGGAAGUCAGUGAGACUUUUCACUGUAGUAAUGCUUUCGGGCUGGAGUCAGGAAAGAUCACAGAUGACCAGAUCACAGCCUCGUCGAGUUUCUACGACGAACACUGGUUGCCGAGGCAGGCCCGCCUCAAUUACCAUGACAACGGAUGGACGCCCAAUGAAGACAGCAACAGGGAGUACAUACAGGUGGACCUCCAUACUUUAAAGGUCCUUACAGGCAUCGCCACCCAAGGCGCCAUUUCAAAGGAAACUCAAAAGGCUUACCAUGUGACCACCUUCAAGCUGGAAGUCAGCACCAACGGAGAGGACUGGAUGGUCUACAGACAUGGCAAAAACCAUAAGGUUUUCCAUGCCAACGUUGACGCCACGGAGGUGGUUCUCAAUCGGAUCCCACAGCCCGUCCUGGCCCGCUUCGUAAGAAUCCGACCUCAGAUGUGGAAGAACGGCAUCGCUCUGCGUUUUGAGCUGUACGGCUGUCAGAUUACAGAUGCACCCUGCUCAGAGCUGCAAGGCAUGCUGUCUGGGCUGCUACCAGACUCCCAGAUCUCUGCGUCGUCCAUGAGAGACAUCCACGGCUCCAUGGGGGCGGCCAGGCUGGUGGCCAGCCGGUCAGGCUGGUUUCCCAACCCGACACAACCCAUAGCUGGGGAAGAAUGGAUGCAGACCGACCUCGGCGUGCCCAAGACGAUCCGGGGCAUUAUUACCCAGGGUGCAAGAGGGCUGGAGGGCAGCACCAGCGCUGAGAGCAGAGCGUUUGUCAGGAAGUACAAACUGGCGCACAGCUUGACCGGCAAAGACUGGACUUACAUCACUGACAGCAAGACGGGGUUUGCUAAGGUUUUCGAGGGGAACGGCAACUACGAUACUCCUGAGGUGCGGAGGUUCGAUGAGAUCGUGGCCCAGUACAUCAGAGUCUUUCCGGAGAGGUGGUCCCCCGCUGGCAUCGGCAUGAGGAUGGAGGUCCUCGGCUGCGACCUGCCUGAAAUCACCACUGUACCUGACACUGUGACCCCCACCCUGCCCAGAGUGGACCAGACCACUGCUGCAAUGAGACCAGCCACCACCCCGUCCCUGUCGGCCGUCUGUGACUUUGAGCAGAGCUUGUGCGGCUGGUCGGCUGAUCCCCAGUCAGGUGUGAGCUGGUCUCUGCACACGGCCAGCAGCAGUUCAACGGGACACGGCUCUCAUGGGACGAGGCAGGACCUGGCGCUGGGAUCAGACAAUUUCUCAGGGAACUACCUCCACCUGGAUGCGGGUGCCCACACCCAGCGCAAGCGAGCCCGGCUGCUGAGCCCUGAGGUGGUGCCGGAGCGAGGCCCGCUCUGCCUCCUCUUCUACUACCAGCUCCAGGGAGAGGCCCAGGGCAGCCUGAGGGUCCUGCUGAGGGACAACGACCAGGAGGAGACGCUGCUGUGGGCUCUAAAGGGAGACCAGGGGCCUCACUGGAGGGAGGGCCGCACCAUCCUGCCCCAGAGCCCCAAGGAGUAUCAGGUGGCAUUCGAGGGCUUUUUUGAUCACCCGACCAGAGGCCACAUCAGAAUAGAUAACAUCCACAUGAGCAACAGCAUCGAACUGGAGCAGUGUACACAGCCUUUCCCCGCCUUAACUCCUGGCAUAACCAGGGGUGCCAUGUCUGGGAUGGAGCCCACAGUAGACACAGUGGCGGUGCAGCCUGUUCCUGCCUACUGGUACUAUGUGCUGGCGGGAGGCGCUGCCCUCUUGCUGCUGGUCACUCUAACCGUGGUGGUGACACUGUGCUGCCAUCGGUACCACUGGGCGCCCAAGAAGACCAGCGCUAGUCAUCAUCAUUCAGUGGCGUACCACAACAGCCAGCAUCCAAAUCAGCUAAGUCACCAAAACUGCUACCAGAACCAAAACCUCAGCUAUAAUCUGAUCCAGAGCCCGAACCAAAGCCACCUGUACCCAGGUACUGGGCCGAAUGUUGACCCCAUGCUCACCAUCAGACUGGAGAAGGACGACAGCUAUGAUUCCCGGUGUUGAAAACAACUGGACUUGUGAAUGAUAUCAUUUUAUUAGAAUGCUUUGUUCAAAUGAAGUGCUUAAAGGGUGUCAAAAGUUCCUGAAAUACGUGAUCAACAGCAUGAUGAGAAUCUACAUAGAAGAGACACUGCCGCUCCUAUUGCUGAUGACUGAUCUAUGAACUGAUCAGCAUGCACCUUUGCUAAACUUUCUUGUUGGCUGCCUCUGGCAGAAUGAACUUGACCAUCCUGGGGAGAGUAGAUGAAACAACUUUAAUUGCCAAUUCUGAUGGCUGAUGAGGGCCUGAUAACAACAUUAGAUUGCCACUUUUUUGAUGUACUUAGCAGCCUAAUGGCUUCAGCAGCCGCACCCCAACUCGGGAGCCUGGACAUGAAGACUGCCGAACAUACUGUGGACAAAACAUAUGUACACGCAGUGCACAUGUCAUUGUUGAAACAGCGCGUGUUUUUUCUUCUACAAAUAUCAGAGCAGGAAACGUCUGUCUGCCCCGCUCUGAACUGCAGCAGCUUGGACACUGCCUGCCUCCAAAUACUCCGUCCGACAGAGAGGGGAUUUACGCACAGGUACAGGGAGAUAGAGGGCGCAAUGUGUGCUGCAUAAAGAAAGAAGUCUAUUUCUCUGGGUCUGAAUGAAGCUGCUGUUUAUUUGUCCGCUAGCUUUUGAGAGUGACGGCGACAGAUUAAGAACAGAGGAGGAAGAGGUACGGGGAGAAUUAGUGCUGCCUAUCCAGCCGUGACAGAUAGAGGGCUGCACAUCCACUGUGGGUGGCUCCUUUGGUCUGUGAACGAGGAAUCUGUGUUGUGCUGUUCUCUGUCUGGUUUACACAGGGGGGGGGGGCAUAGGAUGAGACAGCUUACAUCGCAUCCUGCAGACCUAGAAACAAAUACUGGCUCAUACACGUAUGCACGGACACUUCAAAACUUUUCAGCGGCUUUUCAAAGUGCAUUCUUCAUAACAUCCUGAUAUGCCUUUCUUAAAAUGUGCUUUAAAACUCUUUACCUCUUCGCCUCCAGAACGAGGUGGUGCCUCAGUGUCACAUCGGAGUAUGAAUGGACUCUAUACAGUUUUGCCUUGAUCUUAUAAAUAAUCCAAUGCCUGUCUGUUAAUGUUCAAAUUAAACAUCGUUGUAUGUGCCGCACACAGACUGGGUGAAUGAAACAAAUCAAAAAUCAUAUGUGUUGAGUAUCUAAAGAUGCAUUUUUUGUUCUUCUUUUCUUUCAAGUCUGUGCAAGUUCAAGUCUUUUUGUUUCAUCCCAUGACAAAAUCAUCAAUUUGUGAACAAUCUGAAUGUUUUGCAUAUUAGCCUGGUGACCUGACAAUGUGGUCCACUCGGCUGCUCAGUUUGUGAGACCAAACGAAUGCUGUAGGAGAGAGUUUCUUGCUUACUUAUGAAGGUUUUUAGAAAACCCACUGAUCUAGGAUCACUGAUCAUUUAUUUGUAUCACUUCAUUUCCUAUGAAAUGUCGAAUAGGACUGAUACCGUCACAGCCCUCACACAUAUUUCUUGAUGUUUUCUUAAUCAUCCUUCUCACCAUACUUGUGUUUUCAUAUUGGCACAGAUGAGUUUACGAUGCAAUUACCAUGUUUUGCGAUGUUGAGAGUAACAUUAGCACUUUUCUGCUUCUUGAUGAUGAUUUAUUGAAGUAUUUGAUGAUUUGUGAUAAUUUCUUACAUCUACUGUGAAUCUUAGUAGAAACAAUACAUUGAGUAAUGUACUGGUUGUGAAUUAAAUAGAACUUAUUUCUUUGCAAUCACAGAAUGCCUUCAUGUGCUUCUGAUGUAUAAUAGGUAUACAAUGUUCAUUUGUUCUACAUGCUGACUAUUGUUUUAAAUCAACAGUUGUGUUGAUUGUGUUUACUGAGAUGAUCUUAACAGCUUUACUUCAGUUGAAGCCAUUUUGCAACAGCAAAUGUUUGUCCCUCGUUUAAAGCGUGCGGCUUCAAGCUUAGAUCUCACAGGGGCUCAAAAUGGAAGCAAAUCAAUAUGUUGUGUGAAAAUUAUUCAGAUACUGUUUAAAAAAAAGAAAAUCAUUUAAUUUGCCUGGUUUUGGUUUGAAAAGCUUCUCGUCAGAUCCAGGCCUGUAAAACUGGGCGCACCACUUUGGUGCUUAUUUCCUGGAGUUCUCAGCCGCUCACCAUCUUAUGUUGUGCGCUACCCCCCUGCACCAUUUUGUUCAUGCUCAAAUCCCCCAGCCUUUUUUUUUUUUAUCAAAACCCUGCUUGUUCCUAUUCUACUCCUUCCCUUCAUUGCAAAUCCUCCCAGCAAAAAAGACACAGGAGAGAAAAUGAGAGACAAAAAAGGAGGAGAGCAACAUCUCUCAGAGGAGCAGGGCCCAUUAAGCGAGCCCCCUUUUCCCUCCAAAGAAUGCGCCCAGAGAUGGAGGAAGAUGAAAGAAGUAGAAAAAGAAAAACCCGCUCUCUAUACUUUCUAAAGAUAGAUUUUUUUUUUUUUUUGCUCCGAGAGGAAGGCUGACAGGGAGGCAGGUUGGAGUUUGGAUUGAAGGAGGGAAAGACUUGAAGGAGGAGGGCAGGUUGUUUCAAACACAAAAGAGGAUGAAAGAAGUCUUUUGGCAGAAUGGACCGUGAGAUGGAGACACACACAUAAUAAACUCACUGCACGCACAUAGUCUAAAAAAAAUCCGUAUUGACUUGUUUCAUCAAAUUGUGUCUCGUAAAAAUGUGGUUUUGUGCUUAAGCCAACGUUAAAUUGUGCUUGCAUAUCCAUGCCCUCUCCCUUCCAUUUCAAUCGCCUUAUGUAUGAUUUACACAUUAUAUGACUCACUGUAGCGGCCCUGUGCUGUAACCCAAUCAAUGUAUUUCUGAAAUUCAAACGGAGAAAUGAUAAAUGACUGUAUUUAUGUUGUGCUACUUGUGCACUUUUCUCUUUCAUUCUCUCUCUCUCAAACUUUUUGCAAGAUUUGGAAAAUAUGCUGGCGUCUCUUCACGCAGCGCUUUCAAAUCAACCUCCCAGCACCUCCCUCUCCCUUCUCCAUCACAGACUACUUUGAAGCCCUUUAAUAUUUCUAAUUAGUUAAUGGAGCUUAUUGCAUUCAUAAAACCCUGCGGUAAGCAUUUUCUAGCCCUCAGGCCUUUUUUUUUUUUCUUUCUGCCUUCUCCCUCUCUGCUCCCGGAGAAAUAUUACGAGUGAAAGCACUCUAACAGGUCCUCGGGCCCCCACUGGAACAGCGUACGGUGCCAAAGAGCCAUCCAUGUCUUUUCCUGAAUUAAAAAAAAGAAAAAAGCCCUCUUUUUAUUCUUCUCUUUGCUAAUUGGAGAGUGGAGAUAAAAUGGGGCUACAGGGAGUUUUAAUCUCCCUUCAGAUCCGCGUGGUGAUUCUUCUCAGGAUCCUGGCCGUCGGGCUUUAAGCCAGGAUCAUUAGAAAGUGUUCAACAGUCGUCCAGAGAGUGUCCGAGCAUCUGUCUUUUCUUUAUGCUGCUGCUCUUGCUUUCCUCUCGUUGAUUUAAUGUUUCAUCAAGGCACGUGGUGGUUUCAGUCGACUGUGAGAAAGGAUACGUUGGAGCCCUGCGGGUUUUGAGAACAUACACAUUUACCAGAAGACUGAUUAGAUGCUUCCAUGUGCAUGUACGACACUAAGUGAAGUCUUACACGGAGAGCGCAUUUCAGUGGGAGCUCCAAAAGAUCGUGUACGUUACAGUGGGACUACUGGGAUUAGCCAUAUUCAGUUGAGCAGGAGUUUAAGGGUUGAACAGCAUUUUUCUCUUCUUUUUUUACAUAGAAUAACAUGACAGCAUUAUUUUAUUUAGUUGGGUGGUUCAGACAAACAUUUGAAGACGUGUUUGUAAUCUGCAUGUUUGUAAACCUACCUUGAUGAUGUCAGUUUUUAUCAAAUGAAUAGAUUAUGUUAUUGUUCUUUGAUUUCUUGUUCAUUUUACUGAUCAGAAAGAUUUGUCUGUGUGUAAAUCUGUUGGAUGCAGCACAGACUGGCCUUUCUGGAACACGGCCUCAGCGAGGGAUGAACCUGAACUGGUUUUAAUUCAAACUGUGACUAGUUUAGACGCACACUUUGAAGUGGUAAACGUUUACAACGUUCAUCCCUGGCUACAGCCACCUCAUUAAUGUAUUUACUCCUGUGCACUUUCUCAGCCUCUAUGAAAGAAAGACCUCAACUUUAUGCGCUGGAUUUCAAUGUUGUGCACUUAAAGCAAAUUAAAUAUUGAACUCUAGAGAAACAUACAAAAAACAGAGGCACACUUACUCAGUCCCGUAAUCAAAUAAUUCAAUAAGCAUAUUCCCAACAACCAUUAACAUCGGAGAAUGAAUUCACUCCAUUCAGCAUUGGGUUUAUUGGUUGCUUUAAUUUCUUUUGUUUGUUCUCUAAUUGGGUUUGGAAGCCAACUUUGGGUCAAUUUUUAACAGUUAAAGAUUUGAUUGAUUCACUUCUUUAAUUUCAAGUAAAUUACCUCAUAUGUAAUACAUGAGCAACUAACUUCAUUUCCCAGAUAGCAGGUUUUAUUUAAAAGUAUUCAUCUCUUAUUACCGUUUACAGACUGAAGAGUAUCCGAAGUUCGUAGAUGCUGUUUAUAGAAGACAAAGUCUAGAAGUUCAAAUUGUCUUAUAGAAAAAAAAGACCUUAUCUAACUGAGGAAAUGAGGCUCAGUAUCUUUUUUCAUAUCAACUAAAUUAGUUUUUUCACCUCAUGUCCUUUAAAUAUCUAUAACAGUUUCACUCCAUAAUACAUUUUUGUUUGCUUUGCCACAGCAAUAAAUGAUUAUCAGCUGCUAAGAUAUUGCUAUUUUUUUCAGAGAAUUGUAAUAUAAUUUCCCUUGAAUAUAAACUGAAUUGAAGUUGAGCUUCCAGCCCCUUUAAAGCCUUGCACUUCGGCCUGCCUCAGAAAUAGAAUGUGGUAUUUUAGCUUGUUAAAUUUCAUGGUCUUGUAAUAAAAAGAAAAUAUAUUGUGGGGAAUGUGAAGGUAAUAAAAGUGAUAUUUUUCUACGAAACAGUUGUGGCUAUCUUUUUGUUUUUCACAGUUCAGUCUCUCUCUCUUUAAAUAAAACGGUUUAAACAGUAGGCGAUCUCUUGCCUGAUAUCUUCACACAGUCUGAACAAUAUCACUCACUCUUUGAACUCUUUCAGCUGUUUGUGUAGUUUGAUUUCCAUCUACAAAUGUAGCUUGUGUGCCGACAACAUAAGAGAUGGAGUGAUGGUAUCACAACAUGUUGUGGACUCUUGAGUGGCUCUGGCUUGACUGGAUGUUUGAGAUUAAUACUG